CUGCAGGUAUUCAACUCAGUGUGGUACUUGAAGCAGCACGCAGUGAAACACAGUUCAGAGAGACCGUUCACCUGCAAGUAUUGCCACAAACGGUUCAUCGAACGACACAAAGAUCAACUGCAUCGGUGCUCGAAGUGCACGAUGUGCUUCCCAAGCAGAGAAUACUUGGCCAGACACAACGCCUGGCACGUGUUUGAGGAGGAAAAAGUGUGCUGUCCUCACUGCAGCGAGAAGUUCGACGAUGACCUGUCGUAUGGUGUGCACAAACAGUCGCAUUCGCCGCUGACGUUACACGUGUGCUUGCGCUGUCGCGGCCGGUUCUGUCAUCGUCUAGCUUUGAAACGACAUCUGGUCAAGUGUUGUUCGCUCUAUCCGCAGCCCAGCUAUGAUCCUUCCCAGUUUAUCGAUCGAUCCCCGCCACCCACUCCGUUGUCUAUUUUCAACGAACAGGAUCUGAGUUCUGUGAGCAGCAGUGGAAGCAGCGGCUUCUCUCAAGGCUUUGCACUGGUGGAUGACCACACUCAGACAAACGCGAAUCCUGAGAAAUACGCCAAAAGCUAG